CAAGGGGAUAUAAAACGCAGACCUCAGUGCAUUCUGUGCAACUCGGAGCUUGAGGCAGCAGCAAACCAGGAUCUACGCUUUUCAAAUAUACACAUUUCCUGCCUAUACAUCAGCUGUCAACAGCAACUGUAACCAUGGUUCUUGAGGACUCUGAUUGCAGCGUCUUUGAGCUUGACAUCACUGAGGAUGAUGUGGAGACUGCCUUUGGUCUGGUGCACUGCACCAUGAUGGGUGUCCCGAAGGGUAACCGGCCUACCAUCCUGACCUUCCAUGACAUCGGACUGAACAACAAGAGCUGUUUCGAGUCUCUCUUUAAUCACAAAGACAUGCAUGAGAUCAUGCAACACUUUGCUGUGUGCCAUGUUGACGCCCCAGGACAGCAGGAGGGUGCCAGCACGCUCUCCACAGAGUAUACCUAUCCAUCUAUGGAUCAGCUCUCAGAAACCCUUCCUAUGGUCCUCCAGCAUUUUAGUCUGAAGAGUGUGAUUGGAAUGGGGGUUGGAGCCGGAGCCAACAUCCUGACUCGCUUUGCUCUAAAACAUCCAGACAUGGUUGAAGGUCUUGUUCUGAUUAAUUUAAGCGCACAAGGAGAGGGUUUCAUGGAAAGGGCGGCACAAAAGAUCACAAGCUGGACUCAUGCUGUCCCUGAUACAGUCAUUUCACACCUGUUUGGAAAGGAGGAAAUACAGAACAAUCAUGAACUGAUCGCGACCUUCCGUCAUCUCAUUUCAAACAACAUUAACCAAUCCAACCUGCAGCAGUUUGUCAAAUCCUACAAAAGCCGAAGAAAUCUGGAGAUCGAGAGACCAAUACAAGGAGGAAACGCAAACACAAGAACGCUGCAGUGUCCAGCUUUGCUGAUAGUGGGUGAUAACUCUCCAGCUGUGGAUGCUGUGGUUGACAGCAACUCCAGAAUGAACCCAACAACGACGACAUUUCUCAAGAUGGCUGACUGUGGAGGCCUGCCUCAGGCUGAUCAGCCUGGCAAGCUAAUAGAAGCUUUCAAGUAUUUUAUCCAGGGAAUGGGCUACAUGCCCUCUGCCAGCAUGACCCGUCUUGCUCGGUCUCGCACGGCCAGUAGCUCAUCUCUGGAGCGAAACCGUAACCGCGCGAACACGGACGAACGGCGCGGACGCUCCCACACCGACGUCUCCAUGGAGAGCGCUCACGGCGCGGAGCACACUUCCUCAGGCCCUACACAUUCCGUCGAGCUGUCCUGCUGAACGCCUAGUGAAAAUAACACCACCGUGCAAACCAGAACGGAACUCAGCAGGCGGUUUCAUAUUGGACCUGAAAUAUAAUAUAAACCUGAAAGCUGAUGUUCCUGUAAUUAGAUGAUGUUUAAUGUAUCAUUGGCAUUUUUCACAAGGGACAUGAGAUUAGAAGUUAUACAAUAAGUAAACCAGGUUUAAGUGACCGUUUUAUUACUAAAAUGUACAGUGUGUAAUGUUAUAAAAUGACGUUAAGAAGGUUCUAUGAUGUUUACCGCUUGGCUGUGAGAAUUUAUAACAUGUGCGUGAUUGUGUUCGGGUUCUCUGAUAGGGCUGAAUGCUUGGGGGAUAUUUUUUUAUUACAUUAUGUAUUGCAUAUAAUUUCUGUACUUUACAAAUUUACAUCUGAGAGUAUAUUCUUAGUGUGACAACAUCACUGAAUCAGUUUAAGUGGUUGUGAUCCUUACAGUCCUACCUUAUAUAAUGAGCCAGGAAGAUAUGAAUGUUGGUAAGAUCACUUUAUUUAACUGUAUUCUUAAAAUAAAAUUAAGUAU